AUGACACGUCUUUCACUUGCGGAUGAAGAGAUCUAUGCGCAUGCAUCGAUCAGACUUUCUGUACCCGGCAUCGUUAUUUUCGUAACGUCGAUACUUCUUACAGCGUUAGCGUUAAGCAACGUACGGAAGGAAAUAGAGCCAUGGGAAGGAAAUAAUGAUACUAUGACCCGUUAUCUUAUAGAGAAUGUGGAGAAUCGCGAACAGAUACCAGACAACGAAUGGAUGCCAUCGUUAUUUCGCUCAACACAGUUGUUUAUUAUUGUACAGGUGCCCAUCCGUAUAGCUUUACUACUCGCCAUCAGUCAUCGUCUUUUUCUUGUACGUGUGGCACUGAGAUAUAAGAAUGUGAUGGAUUCACCGACGUUCACGAAUGUCGCGACUCCAUUACUUCUAUCUAUUGAGUUUUUGCAUGUACUGACAACCUUCUUGUUCUAUACUCUACAUAUUUGGCAAGAUUUCAAAUACAAUUUCUUCAUUCGAAUUUCGGUGAUGAUUGCAUUAAUGUCAUUUGCAUCAAAAAUGGUUCUGUCGAAUUUGUUGAAGACAAGCACCACUUUUGCUAUGAUACGUGGAAUUUUUGGAGUGACAACGAUUCUUAUCGUAUCCGACAUCUUGAACAACGUCACCAGUUUCACAUACGCGAUGAACUGCGAUCAGAUGGUUGCUCCGUAUGACGCAAUGUGCGAAUAUAUCUUCUUGGUGAUGAUGUUUGCAAGUUACGCUAUGGACAUAUUGGAAAUGCCAUCAAUCCAACUUUGCGUGACUUGUUCAGAGGAGGAUGCUAUGGAUUACAAUCGAUUGAAGAUGGAAAGGAAAGCUGCACAGUUAAAGAAGCACAAUUUAUGA